CAAGAAUGAUUUCUGCUCGAGAUUAACUUAGCUUUUCGAGAAAAACUUUAUAACACUAUUCAAUAGCUUCUUAAAAACCUAUUAGAUAUGCAACAUAAUAUUGUGGGGACAAUGAAUUUUCAUCCUCUAUUUUCAAUUCUGAUUAUGAAUUAAUAAGAACAAAAGAAAAAUAUAAAUAAAAGUGUGAAGAAAUUGAUAUGAAGAAAAAUCAAUUACAUUCUGAUCAUUUAGAUUUAGAAUUAAGAGCUGAGGUAUCUUUGAUUUUUUUAAAUAGAAACUAAGGUAGGGAGAGAAUGAAGUAAAGUAUAUGGCUGAACUUCUCAAAAGAAAAAUCAAAUAAAUUAAGCAAUAAGAAUUAUAGAUUAAAGAAAAUCAAAAUUCUUUUGUUGAUAAAUUUAAGGAUAAAGAAUAAUCUUUGAAUGAAUAAUAAAAAUAAAUCUAAGAAAAAAAUGAUCAAUUAAAUACAAGAGAAUAAUAACUCAAAAUUAGAGAAUAAACCCUUUUUGAAAAAGAAUCACUCUUAAAAGAAUAAAUCAAUUAUUAUACUUAAUUUAAUGAACGUCUUAAAUUAAAUUUAGAAGAGUUGAAUAAAAAGGAAUGUAUCUGUCAUCUCUAAUUAUUUAGAAUUUUACAUCCAAUAAAUUACUAAGAUGAAUUAAACAGUCGAAACUUUAUUGUAUCAUGAAAAUCACAUUAGAGAUUUAGAAUUUAGGUUAACUCAGUAAAUUUAAGGAUUAAAGGAUUUUGAUAAUUAAAUUCGGUAACUAUAAACGGUUAUAAUAGAAUUUAAGUUCAAAAUUGCAAACAACAAGAAGAAUUAAUUGACUAAAAAGAAUAAGGCAUUUUAAACAGUUAAGAAUUGAUUAAUCGGAAAUUACUUUGGGAUUAAAAAAAUAUCACUAGACAACAUCUACAAUAAAUUUCAAAUUAUAUGAGUGAUUAAAAGUACUAUUGA